AGCAGGCCCGAACCUGAACGAUAGGUAAAGCUUUCUCUCGGACAAACUCUGCGUGGGACACGCCCACGGGCAUUUGCUGUGACUGUAAAUAACAUAGAGUGGCAGUAAAAUCCGUCUGACGUGGGCCCUGAACGCACCCUGCUAAAUACGCCAGUCGUGACGCAGUCCUCGACGCUAGGAGCCUCGGUUAGCUGCGCGGCUAACAGCGUAGCCGUUAUGUUUCCCAUGUCUCUUCUUAAACCCACCCAAGUCCUUCGUUGCGUCAGACUGCUGCACUGCUCUCAAGUCACCAAGAUGCCGAUUAAGGUUGGUGAAGCUCUUCCUGCGGUGGAGGUCCAGGAAGGUGAACCAGGAAAUAAAGUAUCCAUGGAUCAGCUGUUUAAGGGGAAGAAAGGAGUUCUCUUUGCCGUACCCGGAGCCUUUACCCCCGGCUGCUCUAAGACUCACCUUCCAGGCUUCGUGCAGCAAGCCCAGGAGUUGAGAAGUAAAGGUAUACAGGAAGUGGCAUGCAUUUCUGUCAAUGAUGCAUUUGUCAUGGCUGCAUGGGGAAAGGAGCAUGGAACAGAUGGAAAGGUUAGAAUGCUGGCUGAUCCCACUGGUGCAUUUGCAAAGGCGGUCGACCUGCUGCUUGACAAUGACACGAUCGUCCAGGUACUGGGCAACAAACGCUCCAAGAGAUACGCAAUGGUGGUGGAAGACGGCGUGGUGAAGAAGAUCAACGUGGAGCCGGACGGCACCGGGCUGACCUGCAGCCUCUCCUCCAGCGUUCUGGCUGACCUGUAGGCCGCGGCAGCAGCUUAUUAAGGGUAGCUCCUCUCCCUCAGCUGCUCUGAAAGUUGUACUAACAAAGCUCGCCUCCUGCCAACUGGACCUUGCCUCUCUCCCCAAAGAUAGUUGCAAACGCUGGACACAAGUGUCAGGCGGAAGGUGAUUAAUGCGCACAAUUUUGACUUGAAGAGCAUUUCCUAGCACAGCCCAUUAGUCUUUGCAUAGUCCAACUUGAAAGUUAAUAAACUUAAUUCUUUUCCUCA